AUGGAUCCCGGCCAGUUACGGAGUGCCUUCCUUAGCAACUUCAACAGGCUGAAGAACGCACUGGAACAGAAUGGUCUCUGGGCUGACGUCCAAAAGAAACUACACGAUUCCGGCGCCAUCGAGGUCAAAGUGAACAAACACUUCACGAACGGACAUAGAACAGCCUUUGCUUUGCGUAUCGGAGAUUCUCGAGGCAAAGUCUGGGCUUGCAUCGACGGUAAGGUGAUCGACGAGGAUGGAUACGAUUCUGCACAGGCCGAGGAGAUCGACAAGUAUACCAAGCGACAAAUUCGACUAUGUCAAUGGAAUACAUGGCCUGCGAGUUUCAAACGGGAUAUCUAUGGUCCUUUCGGAAGCGAAAAUCUUGCACUUGUGCGAUUUGACAUUGCACGAUGGGCUGUAUUGAGACAGUCCAACCACAUAUCAUAUGGCGACAGCAUCCAACCAAACCUUCAGGACCUUACUGAAGCUUUGCGGAAAUACCGCCCUGCUAACUUUGGCAGUCGUCCCAAUCCUGCGGGACUUCCAUUGCCGUUCAGACAAUAUAAAUUCAGCCGCACGAACUCCCAAUCAGUCUCCAAGGAUAACAGCGACGCAAAGGCCACUGGUCGUGCUUUGGAUCCUCAACAGUCCGAUGAGCUACAGAACGAGAAGACGCCCAAUAUCGCGGACAAUAGGGUGUCUGUUGAUGAACUGAGCCCGAUCAACGACGUCAACGACGUCAACGACAUUGAAGAGGCGAUUUCCGAAGACUGUCAGGCCGCAGGUCUGCACCCACUGCGCCAGCAUGCCAAAAAGGUAACAAUGAUCAAUCUCAACAUUGAUCAUGCUGUGCAGAAUAUCUUGCUACGUCAAGAGGCGACACUCUGGAAAACGUUGAGGCCGAUGAUCGUGAUAUUGACAAUUCUCUCGAUCAUCACCGUCGCUGUCAGGCAACCGCCAUUCCUUCCGCAACUGUACUGUCAUCUUCCCAACCCGCACUACCAUAUUCAAAUGAGUCUUUUGCACUCGCAGCACCUGAUCAAUCGCAGCAAAGCCAUCGAAGAAAGCUGCAGGUAUCUUCAGAAGUAUCUGACAUACCAUCUCGGCGUAGACCAUACUAUGCCACUCGUCCAAAGACACGCAGCGAAGAAAUCCUGCAAGAAUUUAAAAGACAUGGCUGAAGUUAGCCAUAGUCUUACCGCGGAACAAGCUGAGAGAGACAAACUUGUAGCAAGGAUGACCAAGAAGCAGAUCCCAGCUGCUCUCCAGAUUGCGAAAGAACGCCAGACUGCACUUUAUCGCAGGAUAGACCAAGCUUUUGCCAGAAGUGAUAGACAAGACGAAUUAACAAAUGAGUUGUUGGAGAUGGUAGCUGGCACCGCAACAGGGCAGACUGGAACUGGUGACGAGGAAGAUGAACGGGGUGAGGAAAUGCCAAAGCAUAGCGACGGGCACUCUGACAACUACAUGGGAGAGUAG